GCGCGGCUCCACGCGCGUGUGCUCGGCUGGGAUGGGGGACCAUGAACGCCGCGCAGGGCACGGUGGGCAGCGACCCCGUGAUCCUCGCCACCGCCGGCUACGACCACACCGUGCGCUUCUGGCAGGCGCACAGCGGCAUCUGCACCCGCACCGUGCAGCACCAGGACUCCCAGGUGAACGCGCUGGAGAUCACGCCGGACCGCAGCAUGAUCGCCGCCGCCGGCUACCAGCACAUCCGGAUGUACGACCUCAACUCCAACAACCCCAACCCGGUGAUCAACUACGACGGCGUCAGCAAGAACAUCACCUCGGUGGGCUUCCACGAGGACGGCCGCUGGAUGUACACCGGCGGGGAGGACUGCAUGGCGAGGAUUUGGGACCUCAGGUCCCGUAACCUCCAGUGCCAGCGCAUCUUCCAAGUGAACGCUCCCAUUAACUGCGUCUGCCUGCACCCCAACCAGGCAGAGCUAAUCGUGGGUGAUCAGAGCGGUGCUAUUCACAUCUGGGACCUGAAGACGGACCACAAUGAGCAACUGAUCCCAGAGCCUGAAGUUUCCGUGAAUUCGGUUCACAUUGACCCUGACGCCAGUUACAUGGCGGCCGUCAACAGCUCGGGAAAUUGUUACGUCUGGAAUCUGACGGGCGGCAUCGGAGAGGAGGUGACCCAGCUGAUCCCCAAGACCAAGAUCCCCGCGCACAACCGCUACGCCCUGCAGUGCAAGUUCAGCCCCGAUUCCACGCUCUUGGCUACAUGUUCUGCAGAUCAAACGUGCAAGAUAUGGAGGACUUCAAACUUCUCUCUGAUGACAGAACUGAGCAUUAAAAGCAAUAACCCCGGGGAAACCUCUCGUGGCUGGAUGUGGGACUGCGCCUUCUCUGGGGACUCCCAGUACAUCGUCACAGCUUCCUCGGAUAACCUGGCCAGACUUUGGUGCGUGGAGACAGGAGAGAUCAAGAGGGAAUACAGCGGCCACCAGAAAGCAGUUGUCUGCCUUGCUUUCAACGACAGCGUGUUGGGUUAACAACUGUGUGCAAGAAAGAAAGGGCCUCGGCUCGUUUUCCCCUGUCCUGGGAUGACAAGCACCCUCAGGAGCCCGACAGACACCUGCAACCAUCCCCUCCUCCGACGGAGAUGGCGGAAGCAGCUGCAUCUGCCUGGAACAAGACCAGGCUUUGGCUCUGAGCAGAUCGUAACCGAAACGCGUUUGACCUUGAAUGACCCACUUGGACAGCAGGGAACGGGCCUGGGAGGGUGGCUGGGGGCAGAUAGCUGGAGGCUCUCCUGUGGCACUGCUGCGGGCAGCUUUGUGACGUUCAUGUACCCCAAACUGAAAAAACCAUCAGCCUUUCUAAACGGUGGAACGGGCUGAACAGAGAGAGGAAGGGCGGCUGUUCUCGUUUUGCAAUCCCUUUAUUCAAAGUGUAUUUCACAGACUUGCUUCGAGAAUGGCGCUCUGACAAAAUUAAUAGCCCCGGCCAAGUGAUAACCUUGUGUUGAACAGGGCACGUGGCCAUAAAACACUAGCUACUCCCCACGAUCCGUCUGUGUCUAGAUCUACUGAUAGCUACACGUGAGAUGCAGCCCUGGAGCGCAGCUGCAAAUAAAAUGUCUGUACCGACGAA